AUGGCUGCUAGGGCAUCUCAGAGGAGUAAAGGGCCGCUGUUGUCUGACGGGCUCUUGCGUCAGCUCGGGUUAAACAGUAUUGAGUUUCAACGAAAGGGCAGCAGGAACAGAACCGGGUCGCAAGGAGGUUCGAAGUCGGAGGAAAGAAAAUGGCAACAGCAAAGACAAAAAGCGGCACCUGGCACAAAACCACAAAAGCAACUGUCAGCACGAAUCGGCUCUGGGAGGACGGUAAAUACCACAACUAAGACACAAGCACCUGCAAGAACGUCCAAGGAAGAAAGUGAAUCAGAUGGGAGCAAUGAAUUUGACGGUUUCGGUACGGAUGGGGAGGGGUCUGAAGAGAACGAUGAUACCGAUGACACUACCACGGCUGCAGAACCAAGUGUUUCGGGGCGAGUCCGCGAGAAACUCCAGAAAGACGAAGCCGAGAUCGCAGAGUUGGAGCGCAAGUUGGGUAUCAAAGGCCGCAAAAACCUGCCACAGUCAUUCAAAGAGGACGGUCUUGGCGACCUUAUGAAAUCUUUAGACAGUGAAGACGAAGAAAAGGACGAGAUGUCGGACAAGCGAAAACGAAAAGCCGAGGCAGAUGAGUGGCUUCUAUCGAAGCGCAGAAAGGCCUUGCUUGCUGCCGACAAAGGUGGCAGUGAAGAGGGAGAGGAUACCGACGGACGCCAGACUUCAGAUGAGGGGGGUUCCCUAUACGAUCUUGGAGAUAGUACAGAUGAGGAAGGAGACGAACAAGAAAAGCACUCCGACCGACAGUCUAAGCCCGAAAGCCCCAAGCGAACUCGCGAGAAUCCAUACGUGGCACCGGUGGUGGCAGCAUCAUCUGGCAAAUAUGUUCCGCCAGCUCUGAGGCAGCAGCAGAAAGCACUGGGUGAUGAUUCAGAAACCCUCUCACGAGUGCGGCGACAGGCCCAUCACUUGGUCGCUCGUCUCUCGGAUGCCAACAUGCUGACCAUACUGGGGGAUAUCGAAAAACUCUACCUGGACUACCCAAGACAAUUUGUCACGGAUGCAGUAAUUGAAAAACUAUUGGAGCAGGUUGCCAUAGAGGGGGCUUUGUCCAACAGUGUCAUAAUUCUCAUUGCUGGAGUUGCGACGGCCAUCUAUCAGGUCAAGGGCGUUGAUUUUGGAGCUCAUUUUAUCCAGCAAAGCGCUACACUCUUCCGCCAAAACUACAUGGCUUCUGGACAAGAUGCUGCUACUGGUGAAACUCGAGCACAACACCAUUCCUGGGCGCCGACAUCGAAGGUGCUAUUGAAUCUUCUCGGGCUUAUUGCAGAGCUGUACAACUUUCGUAUGAUUGGUCCUAAUUUGAUAUACGACUACGUCCGCAUGCUGUUGGACAACUUUACAGAAACGAACACGGAGCUGCUGCUACGCAUAUUCGAAACCAGCGGGCACCGGCUCCGCCAAGAUGACCCUCAAGCCCUCAAGCAAAUCGUGGCACUCAUACGACCUGCGGUUGUACUUGCCGGCGGCGAGAAAAACCUCUCUGUCAGGGCACAACACAUGAUUCAAAAGAUUCACGAGGUGAAGAAGAGCGACAAAAAGAAGUCACGCGAUGCUGACAGCAGCGGCUUUGCCUAUGCGGAGCGAAUAAGAAAAUUGCUGGGCAACCUUGCUAGCUCACGAAAACUGGAGGCCACUGGAUCCCUGCGCGUUGGUCUGAGCGAUAUCGAACAAGCUGACAAGCGAGGGAAAUGGUGGCUAGUCGGAGCAAGCUGGGCAGGUCACGAAGCACUACCGGCCGGUACUGGCGGCGAGUUUGGCGGGGAUGGCCAGGGAGAUUCGAAGAAGCAAAGCGUCGGCGAUGGUCAACAAGACACAGCAGUCGGAGUUGCGCAAAGGAAGGCUGCUCGAGGCGACGACAAUGAUGAUGUGGUCGGCUCAUGGGGGGACGCCAUUCCGGACGUCGAGGAGCUGGAGCAGCUCGCCCGCGAACAGGGAAUGAACACCAAUGCUCGCCGGUCCAUAUUUGUGACACUGCUUUCCGCGGCGGACAGCAAAGAUGCCCAUGCUCGACUACUGAGGCUGAGCCUGAACAAAUACGACAAGAGAGAGAUUGCCAAUGUGCUUAUCAGAUGCGUGGGCUCUGAGCAGCACUACAACCGCUAUUAUGCACUUGUUGCACGACAGGUGUGCAGCACCGAUCACAGGAUGGCUUGGGUGCUUCAGGUCAGCCUGUGGAAGCUUUUUCGGCGACUGGGCGAACCGAUGUUUGGCGAACUGGCAGAUGAAGAAGACGCGGACGAAGAAGACGAAGCGACGGACCUUCGCCGCAUUGUGAACACAGCCAAGAUGUACGGCUAUCUGAUUGCGACCGGGUGUCUAGGAUUGGACAUCUUGAAGUGUCUCCAACUGAUGCGCCUUCAAGCAAAGACACGCAUGCUUGUCGAGGUUCUGCUGAUAACCCUGUUUGAGGAAGUACGCAAUGCGGCCAAAGCAAGUGGCGGCGGCAGUGGUGGAAGCAACACAAUCCGGAAGCGAUUUGAAGUCAUCAGACAGAAUGAAGAUUUGCGGCGUGGACUGGCGUAUUUUUUCAAACACGUCGUGCGCAAGUCCAAGCUCGUGCCGGCGGGACAGGCUUCCAGCAUUGCCAAGGCAUGUGAUAGAGCACAAAAAGCUUUAGACGGCGAUAUAAGUCGUGCUGACUAG